AUGCCUUUGAAAACAGCUGCAGUGCAUUCCUCUCAUCAAUCGAAGCAAGACAUUAUUGAUAAUCUUAUUAAGCUAGCUAGACAAGAACAGGCCAAGGGUAACACAUCGAUCACAUCUGAUAAGUUAGAAAAGUUACAGACUAUUUUAGAGAAGAAGGAUAAGGAAACAUUAAACGCAAAGUAUAGCAAGUUUCAAAAGGUUCCAGAGAUACCCAAGAAAGGACCAACAAGACCCAAUUCCAAACUUACUAAAGAAUUUGAGACAUUUAACGUAGUGCCGGAACUAGAAAAGCCAAAAUACCCUUCAUUGUAUUACAAGUUUGAUUUGAGCAAGGCAGCAAAACAAUCAGAUCCAUUCAAGUCAGCUUCUCAAGAGAAAGUCAAGAACAGAAGCAACAGCAAUAACAAUAGCAAUAACAGCAAACUGAUUGAAGAAAGAAAAAGGAAUAAAAAGCCAAUCAAGUAUUUCCGACCCAAACAGUUUUCAUUUAAACAGUUGGAAUACAUGUUUGUAAACCUUCUUGAAAACAUAGCCAAUUUACUAGACAAUCUUCAUUUACUAUCAAAUUUACCCAUGUUCCCACAAGCGUUGGCAAAGUUACUCAAACAGACAAACAAGUUGUGGGUGCUCAUAUUGAUAUUUCUUAUACGUAAGACUAUAUCGCAGUUAUUGAAUGUGAUUAGAAAGAUCAGGAAAGUCAAUACAGAAAAGGAGAUACUUAACCUGAAAUCGAAAGGCACUAAAUCGAUUAUCCACGAUGAUAUUAACAAGAAAUACAAUAAAGUGUUGAAAGACUUGAAGUUCGACAAGAUGAUGCUUAUAAUUGAAUUAAUUGGUAACUUUUUGGACUUGUCAUUUAAUGUGAUUGAAUUAUAUGGCAUAGUAUUACCAGAUUGGAUCAUGUCGUCUUUGAAUUUUGCAAGCAUGGCCAUGACAGUAUAUAGAAUGAACAAAGACGAUGAGUAUGUUGACGAUGAUAUCACUGACGAUUUAAUUUAA